CGCUGUUGCUGCUGCUAGUCGUGCGGGCGUCGAUCGCGCGAGGGCCAAAAUAAAAAGUACGAAAACGCGCGUUCAGUUUCGCGUGUGGCAUCGCAAGCGUCACACAUACAGAUACAUAACAUAUACUGUAUUGAGAAAUCAUUGUUGUUUAUAGAAAAGGUUGAACACUGGGCGAGGGAAAGAGAGGAGAGGAGUGGCAGUGUGUUCAAGAAAAAACCGCAAGGCUCGGGCGCGCAAAAAUGCGCUGAGAGAAAAAAAGGCGAUCAACGGCCAUUUUGCGCGGAUUUACCCUCCGUCGUAUCGCCUCGUAUAUCCUGGUUCAAGAAUAAUAUCCUGCUGUUGUUUUGGCCUACAAGCUCAGUGUGUAAAUAAUAAGUGAGUGUGCGAGGAGCGCGCCUUUGAACACGACGAGAGAGAAGGCGGAACAGCAGCAACAUGGCGGGCAAUACGGGAAUGGAGCAGCUGAUUCCCAUCGUUAAUAAGCUCCAGGAUGCCUUUACUCAACUUGGGGUUACGAUGCAACUCGACUUGCCACAGAUCGCCGUUGUCGGUGGUCAGAGUGCUGGCAAGUCGUCUGUCCUUGAGAACUUCGUCGGCAAGGAUUUCCUGCCACGAGGCUCGGGUAUCGUCACUAGGAGGCCGCUCAUUCUACAGCUGAUCAACGCGACUAGCGAACAUGCCGAAUUCUUACACUGCAAAGGCAAGAAGUUCGUUGACUUCGACGAGGUGCGAAGAGAGAUCGAAGGUGAAACAGACCGCGUGACCGGCAGCAACAAAGGCAUCUCCAAUGUGCCCAUCAACCUAAGAGUUUAUUCUCCCAACGUGCUGAAUUUGACUCUGAUCGAUCUGCCGGGUCUGACGAAGGUGCCGAUCGGUGAUCAACCGGCAGAUAUCGAGCAACAAAUCAAAGGGAUGAUCUUUCAGUUUAUCAAACGUGAUAACUGUUUGAUUCUAGCUGUGACGCCUGCUAAUACUGAUUUAGCUAAUAGCGAUGCUCUCAAACUUGCCAAGGAGGUCGAUCCCCAAGGUGUACGUACUAUUGGUGUCAUCACUAAGCUGGAUCUUAUGGAUGACGGCACAGACGCGAGAGAUAUUUUGGAAAAUAAAUUAUUACCCCUGCGAAGAGGUUACAUAGGUGUAAUUAAUAGGAGUCAAAAAGAUAUAGACGGUAGAAAAGACAUCAAAGCAGCCCUGGCAGCUGAACGUAAAUUCUUCUUGAGCCAUCCUUCAUAUCGACACCUUGCAGAUAGGUCAGGCACGCCUUACUUGCAACGCGUACUCAACCAACAGCUGACAAACCACAUUCGAGAUACGUUACCUGCUCUCCGUGACAGACUGCAAAAGCAACAACUUGCUUUAGAAAAGGACGUCGAACAGUACAAACAUUUUAGGCCUGACGAUCCUGCUAUUAAGACAAAAGCCAUGUUGCAGAUGAUCCAGCAACUGCAAUCGGAUUUUGAGAGGACCAUCGAGGGAUCGGGAUCUGCUCAGAUCAACACUAUGGAAUUGAGCGGUGGUGCCAAGAUCAACCGAUUGUUCCAUGAAAGGUUUCCCUUCGAAAUUGUCAAGAUGGAAUUUGAUGAGAAAGAACUGCGAAGAGAAAUUGCUUUCGCCAUUCGAAACAUUCACGGUAUUCGAGUCGGUCUCUUCACUCCGGACAUGGCUUUCGAGGCUAUCGUCAAAAAACAAAUCAACAGGCUCAAGGAGCCUAGUCUUAAAUGUGUGGACCUAGUCGUACAAGAACUUAGCAAUGUUGUUCGCAUUUGUACAGAUAGGAUGUCGCGAUAUCCCAGAUUACGUGAGGAAACAGAGCGCAUUAUCACAACUCAUAUCAGGCAACGAGAACAAUUGUGCAAAGAGCAACUCAUUCUUUUAGUCGACUGUGAGCUUGCAUAUAUGAACACUAAUCACGAAGAUUUUAUCGGGUUCGCCAACGCGGCAGCCAGAAGCCAUAAUGCAAGUGCCCAACAGUCGUCGGAGAAUGCGGUGAAAUCGGGACGUAGUACUCUUGGUAAUCAGGUCAUUCGCAAAGGUUACAUGUGCAUACACAAUCUUGGUAUAAUGAAGGGUGGUUCGAGGGAUUACUGGUUCGUGCUCACCUCCGAAAGCAUCUCGUGGUUCAAAGACGAGGAGGAAAGAGAAAAGAAAUACAUGUUGCCAUUGGACGGUCUAAAACUACGUGACCUUGAGCAGGGCUUUAUGUCGCGUCGCCACCUGUUUGCCUUGUUCAACCCUGAUGGGCGAAACGUUUACAAGGACUACAAGCAGCUCGAGUUAAGUUGUGAAACUCAAGACGACGUUGACUCGUGGAAGGCAUCAUUUCUUCGUGCUGGUGUCUACCCUGAAAAAUCGACCGAACAGGCUAACGGUGACGGUGAAGAUCUACUGGCGCAAUUAAAAGGAGGCGGUGAGCAGCAAUCGUCUAUGGAUCCUCAGUUAGAGCGACAAGUAGAAACAAUCAGAAACUUGGUAGAUUCUUACAUGAAGAUCGUCACAAAAACUACUCGCGAUCUCGUUCCAAAAACAAUCAUGCAUCUAAUUAUAAACAAUGCCAAAGAUUUCAUUAACGGAGAACUUUUGGCUCAUCUUUAUGCAAGUGGAGAUCAGGCGUCAAUGAUGGAAGAAUCUCCAGAAGAAGCGCAAAAGCGAGAGGAAAUGUUGCGCAUGUAUCAUGCUUGUAAAGAAGCUCUCCGAAUUAUUGGUGAUGUGUCGAUGGCCACAGUUUCAACACCGGUACCACCGCCUGUCAAAAACGACUGGCUGCCAACGGGCGACAACCCAAGAUUAUCACCACCAUCACCUGGCGGACCUGGUAGCCGUCCAAGGAAUCAAGCGCCACCAUCAGCAGGAGGUGGACAACGUGCUCCACCACCAGUACCAAGUGGUGGCAGACCAGCACCUGCUAUUCCCAACAGACCUGGACCUGGAGCUCCACCACCAGGACGAGGCCAACCAGGCGGCGGCCUUCCUCCUCCACUAAUACCUUCGCGCCGACAAUAAGUCUACGCACUAACACACCUAAUUGCUACUAAUCCGUAUAUCUGUUGCAUCUAGCAGAUAACAAAAAAAAAAUCAAUUGACACAUAAAAAACAAACAAACUUAAUUUCCCGCAAAUGGUGUUCUCUGUCCACAUACGACAUAAAAUAGCAAAAAUCAUAAAAUCAUUGUUAACUGGGGGCGUGCAUCUCUGUAACGAUUAUUGACACAUAUUGGAAAUUUCAUUACUAUGUUACACUUAACGCCCUACGUUCCCGCGGUCCAAAGAGUUUAUUUUAUAAAUAUAAACUAAAGAUAGUGUAAGAUUGAUUUCUUUAAUAAAAUUUGAAAUAGUCUCGAGUGGUUCAAAAUUUGGUUAAAAAUUAAUUUACAUAAUUAUUUAUUUGUUAGUUAAUGUAGCAAUUUUAAUAGAAUCGUUUAACUUUUAAACGUUUAACGUUUAAAAAGUCUAAAUCAUUCAGAGAAUCGCACAACCCCUUCUGCAUAAUUUUCAUGGCAUCGUUCUCUACUAGAAAUACGAUAAAAUACAAUUAUUAUCACAUCAAACAUUUAAAUUUCAUGAUUUUUCCGAGUCAAAUCGACUGAUGCAAUAUAUUUACUUGUUAAAAGAUAAAGAAAAACGAGUAAAAAAAGAAAUUAUUUAUUUCGAACUUUAAAUUAAGGGAAACGUUGUCAUAAUUAGGACCAUAAACAUGUACCUCGGACCUGUAUAUGACACCAUGUACAUAAAUGAAAAUAUGAAGUAGUAGAUUGUUUUGAUCCAUUGCGAAUUAAGCUUUUAGUUUUCUGACAGCAUGACAUUUCAUUGAGUGUUGUAUUAAGGGUCAUGAAAAAAAGUUUUUCCAUUUUAAAUGUGUAAAAUGCGGGAUGUUUCGAAUGAUAAUUGUAAACGUUUAUAAGCAGUAUUUUUUUAUUCUUUGCAACAUGAAAUGGUGGUGGUUGAGCGUGUUGUGCAUUAUUCUUAGCAGUACAAUAUUUAACAUCGAAAAAUGUUUAAGUAGGUCAUCUUGCUAUUUAUAACAUCCAUCCUCUCCCUUUCGGUUCCCUAUCCUUUUUUGUGUUAGUCCAUUUGUGUAAUCAUAUUGAUUCACAAAAUCCGAAUUAAUUGAUCGAAAAACGGGUCAACUGCAUAAUCCAUGAGGAAAAGACGUGUCGGUGCCUGCAUAUUUUUAUUAAAAGAGGAUGUGAGAAAAGACAACGUAAUCCGAUGGAUGGUUAGAAAUACAUUAUAACUGAAAAGUGUAUUUACAACUUGCAAAACUAUACCAUCAGAUUAGUUUGUGCUUUGUUAUAAACUACUCAGAUUCUAUAUAUUGCGCGAAUGAUAAUAUUUAUUUUUGACUAUUACAAAGUAAAUAUAAUAUUUAUUUUAGCAUAUAUAUACAAAGCAUUUAUAAAACAAGAACAAAUCAUGGUGGACUUGUGAAAAAAUUACACAAUUUGUUAUAAUAACGAAUGCCGAUAAACCAAAUUCUCAAAGCACAUUAAAAAAUCUGUGGAAAUUGACACGAUUAAUAAUUCGCAUGGCAAUAUUUUAUUUUUCACUAAGUCUACUUCAGGAUUCCUAUUAAUAUUAAUUACAAAGCACGGUAUUGCGAACUUAAGCAAUCUAUAAAAUUAAACUACUACAAUUUUUACUGUACUAAGUAGAAAUCUGAUGUGAUGGUUGUGAACACAAUAAAAACUGUAUUGUUCAAGCGAUCAAUACUUGUGCUCCAAAUUCUCAAGCAAAUGCAAAUCGUGUUAUCGUCCACAUUGCUUUGAUUAACUUUCAAUUGAAAGAAAAGCAGAAGAAAGGACACAAAUCCUGAAAUAAUAAUCUAAUGCAACAAAAGACGACAAAGCAAAGAGUGAAUCCAGAACUGAUAGUCACGAAAUACGUGCAUACGUGUGUUUAGUCGCGGGGGCGGCGGCAUGGGUGGUCUUCAGCAAAGGGUCACGCAAGCAGCAACGCAGGCCGCUGCCAAUGCUGCAGUGAACGAGCUAAUGGACGCUUUCAAGAUGAAGUUGUAACGCUCUCAAUUCUAUACUAUUAACUGCUAUACUUAUCAUUUUGAUUAUUUUUUUCUUGCUCCUUUCGUUCUCUUUAUCCUUCAACUGUCACACACUAUGGACACUUAUAUUUAACAUCUUGGUGGUUAGUUACAAACCCAAAAUGUAGAGUGGUAGGCUGAACAAGCUUUUGAUUAUAUCUAAACAAACUAAUUGUUAUAACUAUAAAGGUAAUUCAUUGUAAACUUGUUAAGGGCAUUUAAGAGAAGUCAUUUGUUAUCGUUUGAAAUAUAAUCAAUUCAAAUUACGUUGUUCGAUUUGAAAAAUUAAAUUUUUCGAUCCUGUCAUUACUUGGGACAAUUUUUUGUGAUUUGAUAAGAAAUCGACUUCUCCGCUUUUAUCGAAUUAAAUGCCCAAGAUUUUUUCUCUCCUUGAAUUUAUUGUUAAAAAAUAAGUAGUCCAGGAUUAGUCGAUAAAUUGCUUAUUUGGACCAUGUAUAGUUGAAGGUGUUGUGAGAUUAAUAUUUCAUAAUUAUAACACAUGAAAGAUAAGUUUAUGCCAGAAAAAUUAAGGCCUUCCGAAACUUAGAAAGAGUAUCAAACUUUCUAAAGUUUUGCAAAAGACUGAUUUUUCUUAGCAGGAUUUAUCCAACGUUGAUGCAUUUAUUUUAAUGCCAAUGAAUUAUGCCUCUUUUUCUCUGCAUGACACUUGCCAUAAAUAAUAAAUAUCAAGUCACGAAAUUUCUAAAUUUCAUUUUUCUUAUUAGUAAUCUCCGUAAUUUUAUUUUAACUUCGUUACUCUUUUUUUUUUAAUUGUGUUGUAUAUACUUUAUUAUUUAUAUACUUUAUUUUAUAUGAUUAUGUUAAAAGGAAAGAGUAUUUCUUGUAGAAAAUGUUUUGAUGAAAAGUCAAUUAUCAGGUUUUUAAAUAAACAUAAAACGAAUAUUUAUACAUUUUGUGACUCGUAAUUGUAAUUGAUGUAGUUUUUGAAAAGUAUAUAUUUUAAGUAUACUCAGGUAACGAUACUGUAUUGUGAUUUGACAUAAUCUAAGCUUUAUUAUAAAUUUUCAAUUGAAGCAUCAAACAUAUCAAUCACUGCAUAAACAAUUCGAGUUCGAAAUAAAAAUAAAUACUUAACUCAUUGUAUUAAAAAAGCAAUUUAAUUGUUAUAUCACAAAACAGCAAAGUUACUUGGUAACAAGUCCGCAUUUGCACAUGAAAUUUAGACAUGAAUAAAAAUAACAAGUUGUCAACUUUGAAUCUGAAGGGCCUAAAUGCAUCACAAGCGCCCAGCAAAGGAAAUUCGUUAAAAAAAACGGGAAAAAACAGAUUUUCGAAUUGAGCCGAAAAACGGAGACCAAAGCCAUAUUCAUCCUAUUGUAAGCUUUGGUGGUGGGUUCUUAAAGCUCACAGUGUAUAUCUGUAUCCUGAUCUACGUACACAUAAUAACUGUAUUAUAUAAUAGCCGAAAGAGUUCUAAAACAGAGAUUAUAAGUGAAAAGGAUCGCGGGUCGAUUUAAACGUAGAGGAGGCCGGGAGAGAUGACAAAAAUAUAUACUAUAUGAUAAUGCUUGCCUUGUAAGAUUACUCAUCUUUAUCCUCUUGUCGCAUAUACAUUUUAUCAAUCGAUGUGCCGUAUAUGUGCAAUAUCACAAAAAGACAAAACAAUGAAACUACAAAUAUACAUACAUUGAAAUAUAUAACAAAUUAUAUAUUAUAUAUGCCAUGCUGUCUCUCUCCUGCAGUCUGUGUGUGCGCGUGAAUAAGGCAUUCCGUAUAUUAAUAAAGUAGAGGGUAUUGGCAUAUUUUUAGUAUGCUCACUUGGGCAGAGAAAAAUAUUCCUGCUACGUUAAAUUUGUGACAGACACGCAAAUAUAUACAUAUAUAUUUUUAUAACAUAAUUUCUUAUAAUUUUUAAUUUUCAUUUUAUUAUUACAUUAAGAAAGAGUAAAUUUUAUUUCGUUGAACUAGAUUCAAUACGAUCAUUUCGAACAGUUUGUAAGAUGUUUUUCUCUGUACAUCAGCACUGCAUCGAGUAUAUUAAAUUUCUCCUAUAUUUCAAGCCAACCAUAAGAUUCGCAAUCUCAGAACAUAAAGAAAGAGAGCUCGUUGCAGUCCGUGCGUCAAAAAGUGCAUUUACAAUAGGUAAUUCAGGUUUUAAUGAAAUAAAACAAUAUAUAAAGCGAGUGUGAGGUUUAACUAAAGAGAGAUCAAGGAAAUGUCAUGCUGUUGUGGAAAGUCAUGUGCUCUGUAAAUGAUUUUUGCCCGUUGGAAAUGGCAAGCUUUUAUGCGCUCGCACAAAAGAAUGACAAAAUAAGAAAGAAUCUUCAUCUUUGAUAUAUGUGUUAUAAUAUAUAUAUAUAUAUAUAUAUAUAUACACACACACACACACACACAAUAAACGAGCGCUGUAAAAGAGAUUGCCAGAACUGUCAAGUGUCGUAUAUAUACCAAUUUACGAUAAUUACUGUCAUUCUACCCUGAAAAAACCUCCAUCAUCUGAUAAAAAAUCCUAGUAUAUUAAAUAAAAAAAUUAUAUUGAAUGAUAAAAAAUAAAACCCCAUUUCGAUGCUAUAUAUAUAUAUUAUACAUACAAAUAAAAAUAAAUAAUAACGAUAAUGAUUGAUUACUGUUAAAUCGUUAUAACGACAUAAUUCUUUGCGUUUUUAAAAACAAAAGAGAAAAACCCUUAUAUUAAAAAAAAGAACUAUAGCUAUAUUGCAAAAAUAAUUAAACAAAAAUACAUUGAAUAAAAAUAAAAAAAAUCUGCUCAGACAUAGGAUGUGAUAUAGCGUAGGGUUAAAAAAAUUAUGUCACUGAGUUGACAUGCGAGAAGUUAAUUGAACGAGUAGUCUUUAUGUCAAAUUUAGAUUGUAGUUAUUAUUGCCGCAAAAAAUGAAGUAAUAUACAAGAUAGGUAUAAGUACAAGCAGAUACCUUAUUUUCGCGUAGUCAAGUUUUCAAUGCCGUAGAUAUAUUAUUAUUUAUACUUUUUUGGUAUCUACCGCGUUAUCAUCAUCGUUCGAAUUUGCAAUUCAAAUCAUAUUCUUUAAUAUAAGUAUUGGUUUUUUAAUUUUAUUUGUAGUACAGUUAUGUUUUUGUGUUCGUCAAAACAGAAAAUGAAUAAAGACGUUUUUGUAUCGAAGUAUAACUUUUGAAAAUAAGUAAAUAAAUGGCGUGUGAAGAAAACAUAAAGUUAUUGAAAAAAAUUGCACCAUGUUAUAGCUUCUGUCAAAGCACUUAUCACGAAAACAAAUCCAAAAAGAUAACGUUGCUAUGUAGCAGUUGAAAAAAUUAUUGAGUGAGAUUGAGAACCAGUGGCACGAAAAAUUACUUGAAUGAAUAAUGUUAUUGAAAACAAAAUCGAAAAGAGAUUACAAAAAAUGAAGGUGCAAAUUUUUGGAGAAGAUGGACAUAACGUUACGAUAUGAAAUUGAAGUGAAACGUUAAUAUUAAAUGCUUCCAUCUAAAAAAAGCCUUAUUAUAAGAGAAACCUAGUUAUGAUGCUUUACAUUUAUUGUAUAACACACGUUGACUAAAUGUAAUCGGCCGUACCAAGUUGAAUGUUCGCGAUAAUUUUAAGCUCGUCAAAAAAAAAAAAAAGACAAGUGAAGGAGAAAAUUUUUCGGGAAGAGACGCGAUCAUCAAUACACAGUCAGUUCACGCCUCUUUACUCACUCUCACAAUUUUAAUUAACUUAAUGCCGUCGAAGUAACUCUGUUCAUUAAUCGUAGUUAAGUCUCAUUUGUUCCGCUUAAUUUACUAAACGUUGAACUAAUUUUUUAAUACUUUCAUAAAUUAAGGGCAAAAGAAUUUUUUUUAUCUUGUAUUGAUACAAUGGACGAAUAUUGUUUUCUGAAAAGUACAUUUGUCAAUUUUCUAAAAAAAUUAGUUGACUAUUUUUACGAGGAUAAUAAUUUUAGCAAUAAUUUUUAUCGUUAUAAUAUCGAAUGAAAGGUCGAAUUACUUUUUUAAUACUUAUUUUAGAAUAGACAUUGCGUAAAUAUUCAUAUACUGUUUGUGUAUUAAAUAUUUUGUAUAAAACCUGGUUGUUUUUUUAGAAAUUACUCAGGGUUACUUCAAGUGAACAAAAUAAAUAAUCAUUUCAGAAAAAAAGAAAUCGAAAUUCCAAUUUAUGAGCAAGACAGCGACUUUCACGUUGUGAACAUAAUAUAACGAUGAAUACGUGAGAGAGAUAUACAUGACACACCUACACAUGCAGACACUUUAUUGCAAUAUAAAUGUGUAUAUAGGAAGUAACAUGUUAUCAUAGAAUAUAUGAAUGAAUAAGAUUAACGAUAAAACUGAAUGUCAGAUCAAACGAACCGACUGGUACUCAUUACCGCACCUGUUUUUUCAUCAUACUUUCAAAGGUGACAGGUUCUUUUGAAUAUACAAUUUGGUGCGAAAUGUGUGCUUGCGUUUCAUACAGUUAUUAAUACCUGAUUUGUUCGUUCCAUCAUCCAAUCAAUUCCUAAUUGUAGAUCGUUCAAUUUCAUUUGUUUAACCUUUUUUUUAUACAAUUUGUUAUGUUAAUGUGUAAAAGACAAUUGAAUAAUUAUUUGUUUACGUAUCUUCCACUAUUGUUUUGUCUUAAUUGUUCUUUGUUCAUUUGAAAAUAACAAAGAUACAUGGUGUUAAGUGCAUAUGUUCUGAUACCGUCAGUACUUUUUCCUUACCAUCGAACUUUGUUACGUUUUGUGCUUUUAAUUUUAACUAUUUACAGUGGCACGCUUUCAAAUUUAAAAAAUUUACUUUUACUAAUUUUUUACAAUAUUGUAAAUAAAUUUAACUAUUAAUCUUAUACUCCUGCAAGUACUCAAUUUGCUGCAGAGUUGGAAAGUGAGUAACUAUGUAUUUCAAUAUUCAUGUUGAUAAUAUUUUUUGAAAAUGUAGUAUUUUAUUUUAUAGGCUAUACCACAUUUAUAAUUGUAGUCAGUUUUCUUUUAUGUAUUUGCUGAUUUUAUAGCCUUUUUAUUAAGGUAGAGUAGACAACCGUAGAAUAUAUUUUUUAUAUUAUUAUCGAAUGUAUUUUAUAUUCACUGUUGAUAAUUAAAUAAGCCCCUCCAACCCUGUACUACUUGGGACACUUUGAUUUCUUUUCUAAAUGCUUGGCUUUUUCAAUAUUUAUGUUACAUUAUUUAUAAUUGCUUUGAUCAUUCAUUGACUGCCGUUCUUCAACUUUCUAUCAAAUAAUUUUUUUCAUGAUUUACAUGACAGUCAAUGUAAUUAUACGAGCUACUAAAAAUCAUUUAAAGCCGACAGUUUAAUUUGCAUAGUAAAUACUGCUUUUCAGUUUCUCGAUUUCGCAAAAAAAAGGAAAAGAAUAUGAUUUUUUACUCUGUUAAAUGUGUAAACGAUUGUAACCCUUUUGU